AUGAAGCGGCGGAACGCCGACUGCAGUAAGCUCCGCCGCCCCCUAAAGCGGAAUCGGAUCACCGAGGGCAUCUAUGGCAGUACAUUUUUAUACCUGAAAUUCCUGGUAGUGUGGGCGCUUGUCCUCCUGGCAGAUUUUGUCCUGGAGUUCAGAUUUGAAUACCUGUGGCCGUUUUGGCUUUUCAUCAGGAGCGUCUAUGAUUCCUUCAGAUACCAGGGACUGGCCUUCUCAGUAUUUUUUGUUUGUGUAGCAUUCACGUCAAAUAUAAUAUGUCUGCUGUUCAUCCCCAUACAAUGGCUUUUUUUUGCUGCUAGCACAUAUGUAUGGGUUCAGUACGUAUGGCACACAGAAAGGGGAGUGUGUUUGCCCACAGUGUCCCUCUGGAUACUCUUUGUUUAUAUUGAAGCAGCAAUUAGAUUUAAAGAUCUCAAAAAUUUUCAUGUAGACCUUUGUCGUCCAUUUGCUGCUCACUGUAUUGGGUACCCUGUGGUGACUUUGGGCUUUGGCUUCAAAAGUUAUGUAAGCUACAAAAUGCGAUUAAGGAAGCAGAAGGAAGUGCAAAAAGAGAACGAAUUUUACAUGCAGCUUCUUCAACAAGCUCUCCCCCCAGAGCAACAGAUGCUACAGAAGCAGGAAAAAGAGGCCGAGGAAGCAGCCAAAGGAUUGCCUGAUAUGGAUUCCUCGAUCCUUAUACACCACAACGGAGGUAUCCCAGCCAACAAAAAACUCUCCACAACUUUGCCAGAGAUAGAAUACCGAGAAAAAGGGAAAGAAAAGGACAAGGAUGCCAAAAAACACAACCUUGGAAUAAAUAACAACAAUAUUCUACAACCUGUAGACUCAAAAAUACAAGAAAUUGAGUAUAUGGAAAACCAUAUCAACAGUAAAAGAUUGAAUAAUGAUCUUGUGGGAAGUACAGAAAAUCUCUUGAAAGAGGACUCAUGCACUGCUUCCUCAAAAAAUUACAAAAAUGCCAGCGGAGUUGUGAACUCAUCACCUCGCAGUCAUAGCGCCACAAACGGGAGCAUUCCUUCCUCAUCUAGUAAAAACGAGAAGAAGCAAAAAUGCUCGAGCAAGAGCCCAAGUACACACAAGGACUUAAUGGAAAACUGUAUUCCUAAUAACCAGCUAAGCAAACCAGAUGCACUGGUAAGGCUGGAACAAGACAUUAAAAAGUUAAAGGCUGACCUGCAGGCCAGCAGGCAAGUGGAACAGGAGCUCCGCAGUCAGAUCAGCUCCCUGUCCAGCGCCGAGCGGGGCGUCCGCUCCGAGAUGGGCCAGCUCCGGCAGGAGAACGAGCUGCUGCAGAACAAAUUACAUAAUGCUGUGCAAAUGAAGCAAAAAGACAAACAAAAUAUCAGCCAGUUGGAGAAAAAGCUAAAAGCUGAGCAGGAAGCCCGAAGUUUUGUAGAAAAACAAUUAAUGGAGGAGAAAAAAAGGAAGAAGUUGGAAGAAGCUACUGCUGCCCGGGCCGUUGCAUUUGCUGCCGCGUCUAGGGGGGAGUGCACCGAAACCUUACGGAAUCGGAUCAGAGAAUUAGAAGCAGAGGGCAAGAAGCUCACGAUGGACAUGAAGGUGAAAGAAGACCAGAUCAGAGAACUAGAACUGAAAGUUCAGGAGCUUCGGAAGUAUAAGGAAAACGAGAAGGAUACUGAGGUGUUAAUGUCAGCCCUGUCGGCCAUGCAAGAUAAAACACAACACCUGGAAAACAGUCUGAGUGCAGAGACGAGAAUCAAGCUGGACCUGUUCUCUGCACUGGGGGACGCGAAGCGACAGCUCGAGAUCGCGCAAGGACAAAUUCUUCAGAAAGACCAGGAAAUCAAGGACCUUAAACAGAAGAUAGCUGAAGUCAUGGCCGUCAUGCCCAGCAUAACGUACAGUGCUGCCACCAGCCCCCUGAGCCCCGUUUCCCCCCACUACUCUUCCAAAUUUGUGGAGACCAGCCCCUCUGGACUCGAUCCCAAUGCCUCUGUUUACCAGCCCCUGAAGAAAUGAAGACCAGCUGUGGGUUUUGCCCAACCAUUUGGUUACCAGAAGGCAUCACAAAGGAGCAUCUCUGGCAGUCAAGAUAAAAAAAAAAAAAAAAAAAAAAGUUUAUAUUGUAUUUUGUGGGACUGUAUAUGUUGUCGUUUUUAAAAAGGGGGGGAAGAUAACAUCCAAGUCUGAUUAGAACUGCCCAUCAGUUUUUCUUGUAAAUUUUUAGAAGACCUCACAGAACUUUGCAGUUUAUUUUUCUCGGCCAAUACAUUAAAACCACUCUUGGAUUUCAAAUAGCCAAUUUUGCCUUUUAUGUAUUCUUACAGUUUCCUCUUGAAGAAGGAAAAAAAAAAAAAAGCAAGGUUUUUUCUUCUCCCCCCUUUCUUUUGGUUUUGUUCUUAAAUAAGCAAGCAAAACCUGCAUUUUGGAUUCACAUGGGAUGCUAAUGAAAACGUUUCCUUUCUAGAGUGGAAGGGUUAAUAACCUCACACGGCUUUGAUUUUAUAGCUGCAUUCCAGAAGAUGAUUCUUGAUAUUACAGAAAACAAAAGCUGAUUACCCCUCCAAGGACCAAACAAAUUCCGGGAGUGUCGUUUAAGCCGAGGGGAGUGAGGCGAUGAGACUAGCUAUGAGCGUGUCCCCGGGGUUGUGUCUGAAAUGUUCCUAUUCCCCUCGGGUGUUCAGUCCUAGAAAACUGCUAGCAGUGCCUUGGGAAAAUAACAUUUCAAGAGGAAACUUGACGAUUUUAAACUAUUUGCCCCCUUUACCAUCAUCUGUCUUCUGUGUCGAGCUCACUGCGGAUCCUGCUGGAAACUGGCAGGUAGCGGGGGCUCAUGACCACUGCCGCUCCAGCCCAUGUCCUUUCAGAGAAAGCACCACGGUGUUCUGGACUCGUCUCGAGGCCAGCACGUUGGGACAGGGAGCCGGGCGGUGUUUGUGUGCCAGAGACUGCAAGGACAGCGAACAAAAAGCUGCCGUUCUAGGUUUGGGUUGGUUUUUU